CUCAGGAAGCAGUAAGACCUGUACUCUUUUGUCGCCAUGAAGAUGUGCUCCUUUUCUUCAAGACUGCGAUCAUCAGCAGGAAAUGUCAAACACACACCUGGUUGCUCUUGGGGCUGAGGAGACCUCGGCAAAGAAGAAAUGGCUCAGUUAAUCACAUCGUUAAGUGCAUUUUAACAGAGCCUCCUCUCCAUUAAUCAUUCCAGUGAUAUCAGUCUCUGAAUAGAAGUACCUCGCGGAAUAAUAAUGCAACAAAGUGGCACAUACCUCCCAAUUGAGCUCUCAUACAAAUAUCUGCCAUGUAAAGGCUCCUAUGGAUUAUGUCAUCACUAAGGGACAAUGUAAACUAGGAUUGGGGCAGAUAUUCACAUGAUAUAUGUGGUUGUCUUCACUAUGACUUAUCAGCCCGUGUUUAUUGUCAGUGUGAAACAAAUGGCUUUGUAAUUUCCCCCUGCCCGCCUGUUCGAUAAGCAUCCCCCGCAGUGUCGGUGACCUCUGCCAUCAUAUCGUUCAAAUCGCGGCUGUCAAUCACGCUGUCUCCUCCUUGCCACUAAACGUUUCUCAUUUAGAGACUAGCGUGCUCUACCAAAUAUUAGGAUACAGAGGUUAAAGAGAUUUCGGCUCCCAAACGCAGUAUAUCACACGGAGCGUUAACACGUUGUGGAGUGGGAGGGCGACAAAAAACGUGGACAGCCUGACGAAAGGCUAUAGGACGUCCUGCAAGAAUAAAGUCGGGGUUUACACCCUUCGUUGGGGGUCAUCUGUUUCGGACCCAGCAUGCACCGCGCGGAGUGGCGUUAUUAUUGAAAGGAUCGUUUUAUGUUCCUGAAGGUGAUGCAUAUUUAGAAGCGUUUGUACUAUUAUUUGAGUGUAUACUUAUUGUAAAAACUAGAAAUGACAUGGCUCGCUAGCAUGUCAGCUAACUAGCUAGCUAGCAUGUCAGCUACUCCUGUUUCUAGCUAGCUAGCUAGCUAGCUGACAGGAGUGGUGGAAGAGUUGACGCGGAGGCGCAAACAACAGCAAAAUCAAACAAACUGAUUGAGUUCACUUCCUGGAAGAUGAACGACUUCAGCAAAAAUGGACGCACAUAAAAAGCUCAGCACACCCACAGAUUUCAUCUCACCAAAGAUUUCCAGGAAACCCCUGGAUGACCUUGUGCCUCCGUCUCAUUUUGCAUCAAGUGUCCAGGCUGCCAGACUGGCCGCAGGCACACAGCCAUGCAUUUCCUGGAUGAACCCGAGUGUCUCCACAGCUCCACCAAAGGAUCUGUGGCUUGGUUUACCUCAGACUCGAAGAGAAAUCUCAACGCAGAGAGAGGAAAAUCAUUGCACCAAGAUGCUGCGGGGAAGCAAGACAAGCGGAAGGACUCCAGAGGAGAAGGCAUCGGACUUGAGGACGAGAUCCUCAGAGCGAGGCUACCAGUUGUCCAGAUGGGAAGAAGGGUGCUGUCUGGAGGCAGAAAAGCACAAAGCGGAAGCUGAGCGAUUGAAGGAGCAGAUGGAGGCCCUGAAGGAUGACGCGCAGAGAUAUAGGGAAGAGAUUAGAGUCAAAAACGACACCAUAAGCAGGCAGUGUCACGAUUUGGAGACGAUGCAUCAAGAAAUGAGCAAGGGGAGGAUUGAGCACAGCCAGCUGAAGGAGGAGCUCGUGCACUGCCAUGCACAGGAGGGGAAAAUAAGCUCAAAGCGAGAAAGAUUUAGGAAAGAGUCUGAUGAGGAAAUUGCAAAGAUGACGAGAGUAGGUGAAGCUCGGGAGCUCGCCCUGAAGGCCGAAAUGAACGAGCAGCAAGCCGAGGAGGCCGAAAAGCUCUCUUUGAAAAUGUCGGAACAAACGCGCAAGAAGCAAGAGGAAGAGCUGCGACAGUUGAAUGCCGUUCACUGUGCGGAAUUAAACGGUGUCAGGAAAUCAAAUAAUGAAUUGCAAAGUAAACUUCAGUCAGUGACCCGGGAGAGAGACGAGUUGAAGGAGCAUCUAAGCCAAAUGGAGCAAGCAUACGAGACGCAAUCAGCAACUCUGCACAGUCUCCGAAAUUAUAUCGGCCAGGUUGUUGCCGACAAAGGAGAAAAGGAACAAUGCAAUGAAGCGUUUGAGAGGCUCAACAAAGACAAAGUGGCGUUGCAGAAAACUGCGGAGCUUUUGACUGUCAGACUUAACUCCAUGAGUGAGAUCGUCUCCCUCCAAGAAGAGAAAAUGCUGAAGAAGGCCUCGACAGACCCACUUGUGACAGCAAGAUGUGAUGGUCUUCUUGUGCUUCACAUCUGGAGGGAGAAGGUGUUCAAACUAUGCGUCCAGCUUCGUUUGAAGGACAUAGAGCUGCGGGAUGAGAAGGCAAAACAUCUUUCAGAGGUCGUACUCACGGAGCAACAGCUGCAAGAGGAGCGGCAUCGCGCGACUGUGCUGCAGCGCAGUCUCGACGCCGGGAUAGCCGAGCUGGACCAGGAGAAAGUGGAAAAGGAGACCUUGGAACAGGACUUGGCUCAGGCUUGCAAGGACAACCAACAACUGAAGGCAAAGAGUCACAGCUUAGCGGCUGAGCUCAAAAGCACAACUGAGGCCCUGCAUGGGUUUAGUGUGACAUUUCAUCGUAAAAUAGCAGAAGUGGAUGCAGCGCGAGCUAAACUCAAUACUUUUGGCCAAAGGUUGAAUUUCGCCAGAGGCCGAGUGGAGACGGUCCAAGCUUUGUUCCUGAGGAGGGUCGCUCUGCACAAAGUCCGGACGACCAGUAAGCCAGCAGAGCAGACAGCGGCGAGGUCGUCAACUUUGCACAAUAAAUUCACUUCAAUGCCUCGUUUCCCACCGGGAGCCUUCAUUGACUUGCUUACCUCUGCUUUCUUGUCUUUGUUGCGCCGCAGUGUCAGAAAUUUGCAGAUGGAACUUAGCUUGGUGUGUCAAGAGAGAAGCAAGCUCACGCAGGAGCUCAAAAGAACCCCGCAGCUGAUUGAGAAAGCGCUGGCUGAUAUGAAAGAAGAAUAUGAAAACAAGCUGCGGCGGCAGCAGGAAGAGCUGGAGCAGAGUCGGGAUGAGAUGCAGAAGGCCGUGUCGGGCACAGAGGAGGUCCAGCGGAGCCUGCGGGGGGUUCUGGCCCAGCUGGAGGUGAGCAAGGGCACGCAGGAGGAGCUCCAAUCUGAACUGCGCACCCAGAAGGAGCGCAGCCAGCAAGACUUACAGCAGCGGGUGUCUGAGAUCGAGAGCCGCUGUGCUGAAGAGCUUCGUGAGAUGGAGGUACGAGUCAGCACGGCUAAGAGAGAGCACACCAAAGCAGUUAUGACUUUACGGCAGUUCGAAAGAGCGGUAACUCGGAAACACUGGAGAGAAACUGAAGCUUUGCAAAGUGAACACACAAAGAAGGAGGUCCAACGUAAACAAACAGAAGAGGCUGAGACAAAUAGACACCGACUGCGGUUUGUCACACAGGCUGCUGUUGCUGAGCGAGAGCUGACGAGUGACUUCCCCCGAUGUUGCGCAGCACCUCAACAAAACGAAUCUGUUCCCAGAGAGCAAGGAGGAAAAGCUGCAGAGAGAAGCUGCUUGACGGGAGCGAAACCGGCAGCAGAAGGUGAGUGGCGCGCUCGCGCUGCUCGUUCAUUCCAGACCGGACCGUCCGACGGGUUGACUUGUCGGUGUCCCGCCAGAGAGACUCCUCUCUGUUAUGGAGGAGCUCCAAACGCUCAGUGCCGCAGUGGUCAACAGCUCUGAAGACUCUGCGGAGGAGGAGGAGGAGGAGGGGCACAGCGGCUUUACGAGCGCUGUGCUGAGGCCGUGUUCGUGAAUUCGUACGGCCAACGCUCGCCCGCCGUACCAUGAGGUACACCUCUCGAACUACACUUACAAUAAAUGAACAGCUCUCAGAGUGAGUGUCGUUUGCAAUCUCAACAUUUAUUUUUAUACUACUUGCUGUAUCUAUGUACCUUAUGAAGUGUCUAAUUAGCAUACAAUAUGACUGUUUGAUGUGCAGCUAAUCAAUAUAAUUUUUUCACAUUAACAUUUAAUUUAACCAUUUUAUGUCUUCUCUAUCUGAUGAAACAAAGUUCAUCCAGAAAAAAGCACACGUCGUUGUUAAUUGGAGAGAAGAGAAACCUGACAGAUUAGUAAGACAGCAUUUGGUUUACUAUGAUGGAAGACUUGACCCAAUAAAGUGAUUUGUUAAUUAUG